AUGGCCGGCAGCCUACCCAUGAGCUCGGACUUCCAGCAUUACAGUUUCAGGAUGCCGAACAUCGGGUUCCAGAACCUGCCUCUCAACAUAUACAUCGUGGUUUUCGGCACGGCCAUCUUCGUCUUCAUCCUCAGUUUGCUCUUCUGUUGCUACUUGAUCAGGCUCAGACAUCAAGCACACAAAGAGCUUUACGCCUACAAACAGGUGAGAUGUCAAGGAAAGGUGAAGGAGCUGAACCUACACGAGAUCUGCGCCGUUUGCUUGGAGGAGUUCAAGCCCAAGGACGAGCUGGGGAUCUGUCCCUGUAAACAUGCCUUCCACAGAAAGUGCCUCAUCAAGUGGCUGGAGGUGCGGAAAGUGUGCCCGCUCUGCAACAUGCCGGUGCUGCAGCUGGCCCAGCUGCACAGCAAGCAGGACCCCGGCCCCCCAGGGCCCCUCCCCGGCGCGGAGAACAUCGUAUAG